AUGUCGAAGCCGGAGAAGGCAGGAGCUCAACAGACCUCACUUUUGGAUGUGCUCAAAAAGAAGAUGCGCCAAGCGCGUGAGGAGGCCGAAGCGGCAAAAGAUGAAGCGGACGAAGCAGAAGCAGAAGUGGCAGCAUUGAAUCGUCGGAUUGUGCUCGUGGAAGAGGAUUUGGAACGGACCGAGGAUCGGCUGAAAAGUGCCACCGCUAAAUUAGAGGAGGCUUCAAAAGCAGCUGAUGAAGCUGAACGGUAA